AUGCAAUACCGCCUCCUCCCCCUAGCUGCUCUGGCUUUGGCCAGUGUGGUUUACGCCCAUGGAGGCCACGAGGCUGUCCCCGAGGGGUCCACGGUUUCUUUAGAUCCUAUCGACUCUACGCUAUGGGUGCAUAUGAUUCUGAUGGGUCUUUCGUUUGGAAUCAUCUUUCCGACUGGAAUGGUUCUUGGUAUUGUUCGUUCGCGCUGGCACGUCCCCGUUCAAAUCGUCGGAACCGUCAUCGCUGUCGUCGCCUAUUUCAUCGGUCAUGCGCACAAGGGUCGCCAGUUUGGGCCGAAUGCCCACGCCAAGUUUGCGAACUGGUUGAUGCUUGGUUUGGUGGCGCAGGUUGUGCUGGGUUGCUAUCUCAAGUUGCAUCUUGAGAAGGCGGGACAAGCUAGGAUUCGCUGGAUCUUCGUGAUGGCUCAUGGUAUUCUGGGCAAGGUUAUGCCGGUUGUCAGCUGGGUGCAGAUGCUGUUCGGUGGUAUUGCUGCGCUGGGCUUCUGCCAGGGUGACCACCUUGGACAGUGUGCGGCGCACUUUAUCAUGGGCAGUGCGUUCAUCGGAUAUGGAAUUCUGUUGACUAUUCUCUUGCUGGUUGGACAGUUCUGGUUGCGGAGGACUGGGCGGAGUCAGGAGUUCUUCGACUCACUUAUUAUUGCGGCUUGGGGAUGCGUUAACACCUUUACUGAGCACCACUGGGGUGGUCCGUGGGUGCACAACGAUCUGCAGCACACUACCAUGGGAAUUGUCUGGUGGUGCGCUGGUCUGUUGGGUAUGUGGUUGAGCCGAAGCCGCAAUGGUCGUCCUAAGCGCAACCUCAUUCCUGCCAUUGUCAUUGGCCUCACUGGGUAUGCCAUGUCGGCGCAUGCGCAGUCUCUGAUGAUCAGUACUAUGAUCCACUCGAUCUUCGGAUACACUCUUAUGGCGGCUGGUUUGACUCGUAUCAUUGAGAUCUCGUUUGUCCUGCGGGAUAAGCCAGCGGUCAGCAUGAGUGGAACCGACCCCAACAGCUUCCAGUACCUGACACCAUUUUUGCUGUACGCCUCUGGCUUCCUCUUCAUGGGCGCCACCGAGGAGCAAAUGCAGCUUCUCGCUGAUGCAGGCAUCACCCACGUCUCAUACAUCCUGAUCCUCUACAGCAUUGCCUUUAUGCUCUUCCUCUUCGUCAACGUCCUCCUCCACAUUUACGCCGUCCACGCUUGGCCCGAAGGCGAGCCAACAGACGCUCAAGAAGGCAAAUACGCCCACGCCAACGGCCGAUCCAUGAACGGACGCGCCCGCACUCAAUCCGAGUCCCAGCGCGUCCAGGACGCCGAGGCCUUCGAGCUUCAGGGCCUGAUCAGCGACGAGGAGGAAGAAGAAGAAGCCGAGUCCUCGAUGGGACCGAAAAAAGCCACCGAUGAAGAAAUGGCCAAGGAGACCGCCCACCAUUAG